AUGGCGUCCGACUCGUCUUUGCUUUUCUUCGAUGGCUCCCACUCGAACCUUCUAUCUGAGACACCGCUAGGGUCGUAUUCUAUAGCUUCAUCAGAUACUGGCCCUGGUGGUGCCGAUCUUUCAAUCUCGGAGUUGUCGUUGGGCGACAGACCUGAAGCCUCUGGAUCUACUCCGAAAGCGGGAAGGCGGCGGGAAGACAAACUAAGAGACGAUCUCUUCGUCCUUCAGAAACUCAAUGCUGCGCUUUCGUCCUUCAACGACGCGCUGGGAGAUGUUAGCUCACAAAACCAACGCAUCGCAGCCCAGCUAGAGCAAACCGAAGGCCUCCUUAACAAAUAUGUUGACAUUCUCGAAGAAUCGGAAAAGUUUUCUCAACUGAUUCUCGAUGAAGAUUGGCAUGGAGCAGAUGCUGACGAACUUGAGCUGAUGAAAGAACAAGAAGAAGAGGAAAGGCGAGCACAGAAGCUGGCUGAAGAGCGCGCAGAAGCGGCCCUCAGGGAGAAAGAGAGGCGUGCAAAAGAGGAAAACGAACGAAUACAGCAGUUGGAGCGGGAACGAAUUGAGAAAGAAAAGAAAGAACGCGGGGUAGGUAGAGGCGGUAUUGUCCGGGGUGUUAGAGGAACACGGGCUUCAAUACGAGCGGCCACGCGAGCGAGAGGAGUUGCGGGUCGAGAUUUUUGGUUGCUUCUCAUCUUCAUCGCACGCCAUGCAUCGGGGUCGGAGUGCUCAAUUUUCGCUCUCUGGCCCGUCAUCGGUGGCCUCUUCGAGAAUCGCCCGAUGGAUAUUUAUGACGCAACACUGCCAUGGUGGCGAGCUGCUGUCCGGAGGAAAAUCGUUCAGCUCAUUCGAAUCGAGUCGGUUUACAUUGCUCGAAUGCAGGAGGCAAUCAGAACUCCGUUGCUCGACAAGUACUUCGUUUACACGAGCGCACUUGGCUCCCAUGUAUUUUUCAUGCUCUUCCUCCCGAUGCUGUUCUUCUUUGGCUCAGCAGAGCUGGGACGCGGACUAAUUAUCACCCUGGGUGUUGGAAUCUACAUAACCUCAGUCAUGAAAGACCUCUUCUGCUGUCCCCGCCCUUUUGCGCCGCCUGUCACGCGAUUGACAAUCGGAAAUGACCAUUUGGAAUACGGAAUGCCGUCGACCCACAGCACCAAUAGUGUUUCCUUAGCGCUACUCUUCUUCGCCCAUAUUCAUGAAAACGCAUUCCCCGUCGACGGCUCCUCCCCAUCUGUCUCAUUUCCGGUUUAUGUCGCCUGCACCAGCGCCCUAAUCUUCUACGUGACGUCAAUCGUGUUUGGCCGCAUCUAUCUGGCAAUGCAUUCGGUCUUCGACUGUAUCCUUGGUGUUGUUUUAGGAGUAGGCGUUUGGCUUGCCCACUCGUCCUUCCGGGGUAUUCCAUUUACGUUUGGCACCUACCAUACGACCUUGCUCAAGGGCUGGGGAGGAGGAGCUUACCUCGAUGCCUGGAUUGCUAAUACCCCUCCGUCGUCAUUUCGUGUUCCUCUUACGCUGAUUCCACUGGGCCUUCUUGCUGUCAAUCAGCAUCCACAACCAGUAGACGACUGCCCUUGUUUCGAGGAUGCCAUUGCUAUUGGCAGUGUCGCUCUAGGCAUGCUGAUAGGUCGGUGGGGUGCUAUCCGGUAUUUCCCCGGAUUUGGACAAAAGACGACAACGAUAAUGCCUGGAAGUGGGUGGACAUUCCACGACGGUAUCUGGGAGGCUGUACCACGGACCUGGCAAGAUAUUGGCCUCUGGUGGGCUAUCGCGGUUGCCAAAAUGUUCAUUGGUAUUCUUGCCAUCUUCGUUUGGCGUUUGGCUGCAAAAGCACUGAUGCAUCGUGCCCUGCCCCCCACCUUCCGCUUGCUCGCCAAACUGAUCUCGCUUCCCACUCGACGGUGGUACAAACCUGCGACAGACUACCGAUUCGCCCCUGGGGUAGAUGCACUGCACCCCGUUCCCUCUGUCAUUGAUCUGACUUCCACCGCUGGUGUUGAGAUUGGCGGAAUUGGAAGCGGGUAUUCGCCACUAAAUGGGAAUGGAAAGAAUGGGCUUCGAAGGCGAAUGGAGACCGCUGAUGCGGCCAAAGUUGGAGGAGGGACCUCUUCCAAGGAGAGUGGGCCAGAGGAUCCCAUCAAACGAUACGAUGCAGACGUCUUGACCAAACUCAUCGUCUAUGCUGGCAUCGCAAUAAUUUCAAUAGAAAUAAUGCCAGCCGUAUUCGAAGAGGUUGGCUGGGGUCUUCGCUCAUGGCCAUAA